AUGUCCAGCAGUUUGACUUCUUUUCCGAUUGUCUUUUUUUCAAUUUGUCCAGUUGAAGAGGUCGAAGUCAAUCUUUCUCACGUUCCCGUUUGUUCUCGUCAUUUGGAGGCGAUCGACAGUUUGAUCUUCUACGGCCUGUUUAAUACAUCUAACUUAGUCAAUCAAAAUCUACUCAACUCUCCGAGCUGUACUAGCUUUCCAUUCAACCAGCUGAUUGAAUCUAAGCGAGCAGGUCUGGCCCAACUCGAACGCUGUCUAUUCUAUUUGCACAAUUUGACAAGAGCAGCUAACUCGUCCGAAAUCACGGUUCUCUCCGCACACUUGGAUCAGUUGAUUGCCCCGGAAUUCAUUAUUCGGUUCACCGAUUCCGGACUGAAACAACGUCCGGGGCUGUGGGCUUGUCUGGACGCGAGCAAACGUUUGGAACUUGCUUUACACCAACCACAUGACAUUCCUAUGACAACCCCAUUCCAGUAUAGCGUGUCACGCUUGUUCAUUGCAUUUCAAUAUCGUGAACGUCAGCGACUGAGAGCGAUCUCCACGCAGUCAUACAUCAAUUCGGGUGAUGCUCAUGAUUUGGCCGUAUUUCAUGGUGAUGGACGAGGUCUUCACUUUGACCCUUUAUGGCGAAUCUUGACCACAGAUUCAAUGGUACGUCAUACCGAUGCUGCAUGA